AUGCUGGGCGACUACGGCAGCGCGAUCGUUUACUACGAUGGCGUCAUCUGCCAGAUCAACAAGUACACCAAACAGCUUGACGACCCAUGCAUGAAGGGCAGGUGGCAUGCCUGCACCCGCUCGUUGCAGGAUGAGCUUGAGAUGGUGAAAGAGAUCGAAAAGGAGAUCCAGUUGAUCAAGGAAAGCAGCCCAAUGAAGGCCACACAUGAGGCAAGCUCCCACUUAACGCCAUCUUCGGGGCAGUUUUCACCGCUGCCUCCACAGUGUGAGCAGCAUCAGACGCCCCCCACCCUGAUUACGCACACCCCCAGGGGAAUUGAACGUCGAGCAAGCGAACCUGUGGUUGGGGAUGCUCAUAGAGGGGACUUGCGAGGAGAGGAUGUUCAGGCGAUGGAUCCCGAUGUGUGGCAGCCACCCCCACCUCAAAGAGCCAUUCCAUCCAGGACAAAACCAAAAGCUAGCACGGUGGUGCCUGUCAAUUCAUCAAACUCUGGUUUGCCGAUGGGAAGACUUCGCAGAGCAAACUCAACAGGGCACAAGGGUGUUCAGCCAAAGGUUGAUACACGGCGAGGGAGAGAUGGCCGAAGAGAUACCCCUGGUCAGGAGUAUGAAGGCCCAGAUGAAGAUCUGGUGGCUCUGUUGAAGCGAGACAUCCUGGACACAAGCCCUGGUGUCACGUGGGGGGAGAUCGCAGGCCUGCAUGAAGCGAAGCGGGUGCUGGAGGAGGCAACGGUGCUGCCGCUGAUAAUGCCCGACUUCUUCAAAGGCAUCAGACGUCCUGUCAGGGGUGUGCUCAUGUUUGGGCCCCCGGGGACCGGCAAAACACUGCUUGCCAAGGCAGUCGCCACGGAGGCCCACGUGUCCUUCUUCAACGUGUCUUCAGCCACCCUGGCAUCAAAGUAUCGUGGGGAGUCGGAGCGAAUGGUGCGUUGCCUGUUCGACAUGGCGAGAGCAUAUGCGCCGAGCAUCAUCUUCAUUGACGAGAUCGAUUCGCUGUGCACGUCGCGGGGCGCUACUGGUGAGCAUGAAGCAAGUCGACGCGUCAAGUCAGAGCUCCUGAUGCAGAUCGAUGGCUGCUUUGGUCACAAUGUGGAACCUGGGCAACAUGUGAUGGUUCUUGCAGCCACGAAUUUUCCGUGGGACAUCGAUGAGGCACUAAGGCGGCGUCUGGAGAAGCGAAUCUACAUUCCCCUGCCUGAACUGGGUGCACGAAGAGAUCUCAUGCAUAUCAGCUUCAAGGAUGUUGAUGUUGCUGAAGACGUGGACUGGGACGAGUUGGCACGGCAAAUGGAGGGCUACAGUGGCGAUGACAUCACCAAUGUGUGCCGUGACGCAGCCUUCAAUGGCAUGCGCCGCCGCACAGCCGGCAUGUCCCUCGAGCAGAUACGCAACAUGCAGGCUGAUGCAGUGCACACACCCGUCCUGAUGGACGACCUUGUGGAGGCCUUGGCUCGGAUCUCCUCAAGCGUUUCAAAAGCCGACAUCGCCAAGCACGAGUCCUGGAAGGGCGAAUUCGGGAGUGUCUGA